UGUAGGUAAAUAUAAAAGACGAAAAACACGUGCAUGAUGACCUUUACCUCUGCAGUCUUGACGAUAUAUAAAGUAAUUUUUCGUUUUGGAACGUAUCAUUUCGUUCGUUCGUUUUCUUCGAAAAAGGACGAAAAUGAUACUGAAAGCGGCCCUUCUAGCUCUAGCCCUUGUCACAUACGCAGAAGCCACUUGUGACAAAGAGAUCCAACGCCCGCUAGAAUGGACAGGGGGCUCCUUCGAAUGGCCAACCCCUUCAACCAAAGCUCUGUACCAAGCUUCGGGUCGCUUCAUUGGUAAAAACGUCAUCGCCACCAGGGCCCAAAUGCACAGGGAUGACGUCAUCCUGGCCUUCCCCAGGUACAAACCAGGAACCCCAAUCACUUUGGGCAAAGUCUCCCUGAAGCAAAGAACUUGCGAAGCCAUCAUCUCACCCUAUCCUUGCUGGUCAAUGCAAGAAGAAGGAAACUGUGGUGCCCUGCAAUCCAUUGUUGAUAUAUUCGUCGAUCCAAAUGAUAUCUUAUGGGUUUUGGAUGUUGGUGUUGUCAAUACCCUUAACACUCCUGUACGUAAAUGCCCACCAAAGGUUGUAGCUUUCAAUUUGAAGACACACAGACAAGUUAAGGUACUCGAGUUGUCCGGAUUGGUAGCCCAAGCUUCCAGACUGCAAUAUUUAGCUGUUGAGUAUGCUCCAGAUGGCAGACCUUAUGUGUAUAUCAGUGAUGCCGCUACCAGGUCUAUUUUGGUGUUUGAUGUUGCUGGAAACAGAGGAUACAGGGUUGUCCUUCCCAAGGCAGUUGUUGGCUGUGGACGUAGAGACGUACUAUACAUUGCUUUGGUACAAAAGGGAUGCGGUAACAACUUCAUCAUCUUCUCCUACCUCUCAUCACCAAGAGUGUUCUCUAUACGUACUGAUUACUUGAGGGCUGGAUGCGCUUCUGGUAAAAUCCAAGAUGUUGGUGUGAAACCAAACAGGUUAGUCUUUUUGGGAACUGACUUGGGAUCAGCUAUUUUCUUCAGAUACGAGGGUCAACCUGAGAUAUACAGAUGGGACACCAACACCCCCUUCCUGCCUGUGAGUUUCGUCUUGGUCUACAAAUCUGACAACUGUUUCCUGUCCACCCAAGCUUUAGCUGAUGUGAAGAGAGAAAGGAUGCGCGUUUUGGAAAGUAACUUCCCAGAUUAUGUACAGAAUACUGUAGGAUGUGGAGCUAACCAAAAAAUUAGCUUGAUGACUGGCUGCUUGUAAAUAACAAGAGCUAUUUGCUACCAAACUGUGAUAAAUAUAUUUUCAUUUGAA